CCGUUCCUAUCCACCCACUCGCAUUUUGUUUCUUUUUGAUAGAGAAUCACCGGCACAUUUCUCAGUACGCAUGAUACACGUACGAAAUAUUAUACUCUACUCCGUUCUUCGGUAAGCAGCAUCUAUCAGUGCGCGCGAGCCACAGGAAGCGACGAACAAAAGCAAUAGCACGGAGCCACUACGGCACCUCGCAUAUAAUUGGGUGGUUGCCCUGGCCAUGGUGCCGUAGAGACGAGAAGAACCAUGUCACGCGGGAAUGAGAAAUCCUGAACUCUUCAGCGUGUUGAUAGCACAUUCCAAAGGAUAGUGCAUCUGCACUACCGUCGAUCUUUCCAUCCCAUCCGCCACCCAUGGCGUCGACGACCACCGCGGCCAGUGCUCCAGCAGUAGGCCCCAUCCCGUUCAAGGACGUCAGCGACCUGGCCACGCCCGUACCUGCGGAGGCAUCCUCUGAAGAAGAGCACAACGUCCUGGUCUCGGCGCUGCCGAGCAAGCUGGUGCCGGGAACCCAGCUGAAGCUCCGCUGCUACCAGGGCUUCUGGCUGCCGGAGCGCUUCGUGCCCGCGGCCGUCGGCCUCCAGCGCCGCUUCGCCCCCCGCCGCGACGACGUCAUCAUCGCCAGCCUGCCCAAGUGCGGCACCACGUGGCUCAACGCCCUGGCGUUCGCCACGAUGGCGCGCCGCUCUUAUUACCCCGGCGGCGGCAGCGAUCACCCGCUCCUCCGCCUCACCCCGCACCAGUGCGUCCCUUUCCUGGACGCCCUCUUCGCCGGCGGCCGGGAAGCGCAGCUCGAGGUGAUCCCGUCCCCGCGGCUCAUGUACACGCACAUGCCUCUCUCGAUGCUGCCUGUGCACCGCGGCGGCUACAGGGUCGUAUACAUCUGCAGGGAACCCAAGGACAUGGCCGUCUCCCUGUGGCACUUCCGCCGGAGCGCGCACCCGGAGCUCUCGUUCGCCGACACCGUCGAGUCCGUCUUCAGCGGCGGCAACACCUACGGCCCGUUCUGGGAUCACAUCCUCGGGUACUGGCGGGCGAGUCAGAGCGUGCUUUUCUUGAGGUACGAGGAGCUUCUGCGCGACCCGGCUGAGAACGUGAGGAAGCUCGCGCGGUUCGUUGGCCUGCCCUUCUCUGAGGCGGAGGAGGAGGCCGGUGUCGUGGGCGGCAUCGUUGAGCUCUGUAGCCUCGAGAGCCUGAGGAGCCUUGAGGUGAACAAGAGGGGCUACAUGGAUGGACUCAACUUCCCGCGUAAGGCGCUGUUCAGGAAGGGCGUCCCCGGCGACUGGGUGAACCACAUGGCGCCGGAGAUGGCAUGUCGCAUGGACGAGAUCGUCGGCGAUAAGUUCAGCGGCUCGGGGCUCAGUUUCUACUGAAAUCGGAAAAGCAUUCCUGCGUGAAAAGUGUGAUCUAUAAAGUCGUUUUCCUCCAGCUCAUGCAAUUAUUUUAAGAAAAACUUCUGCAAUUGGAUUAAAAGGCCCUUAAACAUGUGUAAAGCAAGGGCCGUAGACGUAGACGUGUCGUAAUUCAUUUCUUGGAUCCCGAAGCUUCUCUGCUGUCUCCACCCUCCAAUGGAGGUAACUGGACUUAUUGCGAUACAUAGGAGGGAGUCACAUAACCUCGAGGAGAAACGGAAUCUGCCACCUUUCCAAGAUUUCCAACCGCCGUCAGAAACCAAGAAAUCUCGGACAUGUUUUUGCUGCCGAAAAAUGAAGCAUGUGCCAGAAGAUACGGAGGAAGAAGAAUGUCACGAUGUCAAAAGCUCCUAAAGCAACAACCCUAGAUCUGAGUGGAUAUACAAAAGGGAAGGAGGGACCGAGCCCCUCUCCCACUUCCCUGACAGUGAGGCCAGUAGAGGAGAUAGGGAGAGGAGGUGGCGGACGAAAUAGUGAGGAUUAGAGCACCUAAAAUGUGUGUGUGUGAGAGAGAUAGAGAUAUGAUAGGUCACAAAUUGUAAACUAUUAUUUUUUAUUCCUAACAAUUAUUUUUCU